AUGUUCCACAUUGGCUCUUGCCAGAGCCGCCCAUGUAGCCCUGUGUAUGCAAAUGUCCAUAUCAACCUGACGCCGGAGGAUCGCGUGGGCAAUGUGGUCUUUCCAAUGGAGCUCGCGGGUAUGGACAUUGCGGAGCAGAGUCUACCAGAAAGCCAACUCAUUUUGAUAUUCGAUAUCUGCAAUGGCCGGGUUGAGAAUGGAGGAAAUCGGACAAAAUGGGCUGCGAAGGAUUCGAGUAGUUUUGGACCUGCAGAAUAG